CCGCCCUUGCCGCCCCUCGCUCCUCCCCGCGGCGACGCAAAGAAGUAAAGGACUUGGCCAAAGGCUCACUGCAAGGCAACCGAGCUGAAGGCGGGCGUCCUAGAACCACACAGACCGCAGUCAACCACGGAGCAGUGGCACAUUCCAUGCACGGUAGCCGAAGCCGAAUUCGUUACCACCGACAUACCUACCUAUCUUCCUACCCAUCUAUCUACCUUACCCUACCUUCAGUCAGUCCCCUUGCUUGACUUUGCCAUAUUACAUACAACCACACCACCACCCCCCACCCAUAUUUAGCCUUCCUCAUCACCACUGGCUGGUUGCUGCCGACGUGAAAACCCCAGAGUUUGUCGCCCGAGGCGAGCGCGAACACACUCGACUUACAAACUACAAUGUCAGCACCGAACAACCCCGAAGUCCGCCAUUUGCGAUCCGGAAGCCUCACCAUCCCAUCCACGCAAGGAGGACGGGGGAAUGGUGCCAUGAGCAACAAUAACAACAACAUGCCAGGAAAUCAGCGGUUCGAUGGGCCGAGAAGUCCUCCGAAUACUGCACACGUUCCGUGCAAGUUCUUCAGGCAAGGCGCAUGCCAGGCCGGAAACGCAUGCCCAUUCAGUCAUGACCUCAGCAACGCGACAGAGAACGUCUGCAAAUACUUUGCAAAGGGCAAUUGCAAAUUUGGACCGAAAUGCGCCAACAUCCACGUCCUACCUGACGGCCGACGCAUCAACUAUGGAAAGAACGGUGUCACAAUAGCGGCUGCUCCGAUAAAUCUCGGAAGCCGAGUCAACCCCACCUACGUACCCGCACACCUCCAACAGCGCCCUGACGAAUUCAUUUAUGCGAAACCCCGAUGCCUAUGGCGGGCCGAAUGCCUAUUUGGCACCAGAAGAUCAGUAUGCCGCGCAUCAACUGGGCCGUCAACCGAGCAUGGAAAACGGCGUGCCCACGAUCGAUACUACCUACUCUUCAAACCCCGCCUCAAUGUAUGGCUCGCCCCGGGAUGAUGAACUCAACAGAUUUGGAAUGGGUCUGUCUCCCGUUGCAUUCAAGGGCCUCUCAGUUCUCGAUGCACCUUUGCCAGCCUCGUUCGACUCAAACGGCAUCUCGCAUGCGGCUCGCUAUGGACCCUGGCCUUCAUCGAUGCCUUCCAAGUUUGGUCUCGAAUCUGCAUCAGCUUCCCUGAGCACUCCUAAAGAUCCCCGUACAUCUGAGACGCUCAAACUUUUGCACACUUCGGCUUUUGGAAGCAGUGAUCACUUGUCGCCUGCAUCCCACGAGUCCGCUGUCGCUAUAGGCAACAGUCCGCCUGUGAAUGGUGAUGAGGAAUAUUUUGGCAAGCGCACUAUGCACUCCUCAUCGCGCUUCGCCAAGCCUAGGAUGCUGAGUGCGAGCGCACCAAAGGGUGAUCGAGACGACUGGGAUCCUGGCUUCAUGUUCUUUGAGGAGGACUAUAUCCCGAGCACUCUGGCCAACGACGUUUUGACCCCUCAGGAGAAGGCCCGACGUGGCUCCGUCCGUCUUACGGAUGACCCUACCACAUCUUCUGGCGUCAUAGGCAACGGGAGCGACGCAUCUUCACUGCCCAAGUUUGGAAGUCUGGGAGCCAGUCCAAGCAGAUGGGGCCCCUUGUUCCAGAGAUACCGUUCCGAGGAGGAUAGCGACCCCAAUCACCAUGGCCACCGCAUGAUACCCGGAAAAUCUAUGAAGAACGUCGCCUCUGUCUUCGGCCACGUUGGAAGUCCUCUCCGGAAUUCUAGCUUGGCCAUUGACGCAGAGAUGGAUAGCUUGGCCAACGGCAACGGAUCCCCGAGCAAUCGAUCACGGAGCGAGUCACUCACCGCACUCACCCAGCAAUUACAGACCACCAAGAUUGGCGACAUCAACAACAGUUCGAGUCCGCGUCUGCAUCCAAACUCAGCCAGAGGCAUCAACGGCACUGGUCUGGGCUCUUCUAGCUUGUUGGGCAGCAGGGACAGAGACUUUGACCCGCGCGGCUCUACACAGCGGAAUGUCAGCAGUGGCUCGAUCAGUUCAUCAGGCAGGUUUACCACGCCAAUUGAUGAAGAGGACUCGGCCUUUGUGUUCAGCAUGGAGGAAGAAGACGACGCAGCUGCGGCUCAGAACCAUAUGCGCACCAAAAAGCGGGCAUCAGGCGGACUUGGGGCUACCGGCUGGAGCUAUGCUGGUGUUGCUGCAGGUAACGCCAAAAACGGGUUAUCUAACGGCAGCAAGGGACGAGAUGGCCUAGGGGUCAGUGGUCGAUGACAUGCUGAUCUAGUGCGGUUGACAUGUUCACAUGAACGAUGCUGUGUAACAUGGCAGCUUGGUUCGCGAACAUUUCUUUGCCGGCCACUCGAGGUCCUUCACAUCCCAACCUUCCACGCGAAUUUGCCCACAAUCAUGUUCAGACAUGAUUGUGGUUGAACGAUACGACUUUUACUUCUUGCUAAUUAUAUGCAUAAUGAGGUGCUCUUUGCAUUCUGACACUUGAGACGAAUUUGAUUCGGAGGCAGUCUUUUAUAUUCUCUUCUUAUCUUUCUGUUUCUAUGGCUUGUUUGAGUUUUUGAGUACCGCUCAUCUUUCCUUUAUGAAGCGGUAAGGCACAUCCGGUCUGGAAAAUAAAACACGAUACCACAGGGAUUUCAAAGAAAAAACUCGGCAACGGACCACUUGGAUCCAGCAUUUGAUCCAUAUUGUCCAGGCACAUCUUAGACGGAGGCAGGUGGUACAACUGAUUUCACUCGUUCGAUUUUUGUUUGUUUAACGCAUACUCCCCUCUGCUCUCUCGCGGGCUUUUACUGCAAAUUUGCGCGAGAAUACGUCUUUGUUUUUGGCCUGUUAUACAUGGCCAUCUGGCCUGUGGUUGAUCUCUGAGCAUCUACACAAUGAUCUCCUCUCUUUUCUGUGGAAUUCAGUUGUACGCAGUGAUAUAUUGUUGGCGAGAUUGAUUUGUUCAAUCGAUCUGUUAAUUAAGUAAAUGUUUGAUUACUGUUUCCAAUACCGGGGCGAUUUGAUCAUAAGGUGCCGUCACCAAAAAGCUGAAUGUUUUGUGAUGA